CUGCGAAGUAGGUAUUUGGGGCGUGUUUUUCUCGUGCAUCGUAGAGUUAAUACCCCUGGCUGGGCGUGAAUAAGGAGAGGUGCCUAAAAUUGGCUAUUGCAAUGGCGUGCCCUGCCGGAUGAAAAUCCGUAUAUUAGAAGGUGUAUAUAAGCCAGUAGCAGCUUAUACUCGCUGCAUGAUCUCCUGAACUACAUCCGCCCUGCAGCACUCUUAUUUCUAAUAUCGCACUCGAGUAGCCAAUAUGAAGGUUCUCCAAACCUCCUUCACAUUUCUCGCGGCAUGGGGUGCCAGCGGCUCUGUUAUAGAGCGUCAAAGCAAGGGUGGCUUCGAAGACGGCCAGCCGAUUGACGGUAACGGAAAGGGUGCACCAUUCUCAGGCGGGACAAACCAUGCCCUUGACCUCCAGAAUCCAGACAACCUUGGCCAGCAAAGCACCGAUAAUGGUGUUGUACCAAACCUCAAAUGGAGCUUUUCAGACUCGAAGACGAGGAUCUUGAGGGGCGGCUGGGUUCGAGAACAGGUUGUAACAGAUCUACCCAGCAGUAAGCAGAUCUCAUCUGCUCAGCAGCAUUUGACUAAGGGCUCGAUCCGUGAGCUGCAUUGGCAUCGAGUGGCCGAGUGGGGAUAUGUCUAUGCUGGGUCAAUCUUGGUUUCAGGGGUAAACCAGGAUGGUCAAUUCGAAGUUGCUAAGCUCGAUGAAGGGGAUGUUUGGUACUUCCCUAAGGGUGUAGCUCAUACCGUCCAAGGUCUUGAGGAUGAAAAUGAAUUCCUCUUAAUAUUUGACGACGGUAAUUUCGAUGCUGUGGGGACAACUUUUAAUGUAGAUGAUUGGAUUACGCAUACUCCUAAGUCGAUUCUUGCCAAGAACUUUGGCCUUCCUGAGUCUGCCUUUGGUUCAGUGCCGUCUCCAAACCCGUAUAUCUCCAACGGAACUAUUGAUCACCAUAACGUGACUGGUGGCAAUGGUGAGCUCACCGGCAAUGCUUCAUUCGCUUAUUACUCGAAAGACCAUCCUCUGGAAAAGGUCCCCGGAGAAGGCGGUACACUUCGCAUUGUUGACUCGAAAACGUUCCCCAUUGCGACAACGAUAGCCGCCAGUAUUGUCACUCUUAAGCCUGGUGGUCUGCGAGAGCUGCACUGGCAUCCAAACGCCGAAGAAUGGCUUUACUUCCAUAAAGGUCAAGGGCGCGCGACCGUGUUUAUAGGUAGCGCUGCUGCUCGGACAUUUGACUUCAGAGCUGGAGAUACGGGAGUGUUUCCGGAUAAUAGCGGUCAUUACAUAGAGAAUACUUCAGAAACCGAAGAAUUGGUAUGGAUCGAGAUAUACAAGAGUGAUCGAGUCGAAGAUAUCUCCCUAACCCAGUGGCUCGCUUUAACGCCAGCAGGUAUCGUAGCCACAUCUUUAAACAUUCCGCUCGACGUGGCAGAAAAUUUGCAGAAGGAGAAGCAAAUCCUCAUCAAAAAUAGGUGAGUGGCUUGUACGACUCGUAUAAGCUCUCGCAUGGAAAGACACUGUAGCCUUCUUCAUGUUGGUGCAAUAAUUCAGAACUUAAGAUGUAAUUCAUAAUAUGAUAGCCUAUCGGCGUUGCUACUGCACCCAUGUCCCAUGUAUACAUGCCAUGCAUACAUGGCCUUCUCUUACUCGUCAAUGGUCCUGUCCUAAGCAUAACAAAUGCGUCGUGCGGCAACAGUCGACGACCUCUAAGGACCGCUAGCAUAUACUUCUACCUCUCUAUUGAACUUCAAACUCCACGUACGAUAGGACCUACUACUCCUGACUUACAUCCACCUAUCUUGAAAAAA